AUGGAGACCACCGGGCCCCCCGCGGAGAGCGCGGUCGCGCGCGAGCCCCGGAAGGCCGCCGGCCGGGCCCCGCUCCAGGACCUGUCGCGGCAGCAGCCGCCGGCGCCCCCGAAGCCGACGUUUCCCGGGAGCCGGAUGGAGCCUGUGACGUGCUCGAGUCUCACGCCGCUGUUCCGCCGGCUGCGGCUGCAGGAUGGCAGAAGCACGUUGCCUGGCUCAGAGAUGUCACCAGCUAUAAAAAUCUGGGCAGACUCCCUGCCAAGCACAACGUUCAGCCCCAAAACUGUGGAGGAAAACAAAGCUUGGCCCAAUACAAAAGAGCAACAGCUGGAUCUGGCUCCAAAUAGCUCCACGCCGAAGGCUUCUGAGGCAGCUGGUAGCCCCCAGCAAAUGGGCCAGGGGGAAAGUGCCAUAUCUGCCGGUUCUCUGCCUGGGGCUGAGCCUGGGGAGGAGCUCUGGGCCCUGCCGGACAAUUCUGGGGGGAGGAGGGCAGACGCUGCAGACUCUUCCCAGUUGGAGAGAGAGGUGGAGAAGGAUGAGGCAGAUGGGCCAUGUACACCUGAUACAUCUCAGGUUUCUAAAGUAACAGUGAGGAUGGAUGAGGCUCACACCCACGUGACAAUGGCAGAGAACGAGCCCUGCCUGGACAGUGACCCUUCGGACACCAGGGCCAUCCAAGACACUGCUGCUGAGCUGGGGGUGCAGGAGAAGCAGAGCCAUGCUGCUGUAGCAAUGGUCUCAUUGGUCCCUUCUCUGUGCGCUCCUGAGAGGCCAGGCCUCCUCCUAGUGGGCUCUGCAGAGGGGUGUGACCCUGAGCAGGUGUCUGCGACACAGGUGCUUGGAAGCCCGCCUCCAUCUGAGGAGACGGGCAUCUGGGCUGUGAUUCCAGAGCCUGAUUCUCUGCAGCCUCCCAGCAGCCUGGCCACCCUUAAGGAAACGGAAGGACAUAGUAGUGCCAUGCCUAUCCCAGGGGGAGCAGAGUCGGGAAGUUGCCCCCUCCCUUUUGCUGGUGACCAGCCCAGCUUGCUGGUGACUGAAGAGGGCUCCCCUCAGGCUUCUGUCUGGAAGGAUGUGGCUUCAAGUUCUGCUCAGAAGCCUUCCCUGCAGGGAGGAGCAGCAGCAGCUCUCACAACCCCAGUGCCCUCUCGUGAGGUUGGGUGCAACGUGGCCGGUACUAUCUCCUGGAUGACCCCACUGGCGUGGCUGGAGAAGAACAUGGGCACCUCUGCUGUGAUGGAGUCCUUGAAGCAAAGCCUGCCGCUGCCAGCUCUGCAACAAGAUGCAGGCACAAGUGUCACCCCAGUCUCCGCCUGCUCUGCGGGGACCUGGAUGACUCCCCGAGCGCUGCUUGAGACGAGCAUGAACACCUCUGUGGAAUGGCCUGUCUGCGCAAAGGACAGUGCUGCAGAAACAGAUUCUCUGCUCUGGCACUGUUCCCGAGAGCACCUGAGCACCCUGUCCCGGGCGGAGCUGGAGGGGCGGCUGGAGAGCACGCUUAUCAUCAUUGAAGCCCUCUCGUGCCAGCUGCGGGAUUGGCAGCAGAGCCAGUGGCCAGUUCCUCGUCUGGGGCCGGCAGACCAGAGAGACGUGCUCACGCAGACUGAUGUCACCCACCCCAAAGCAGAGGAGCAGCUUUAUCAUGACUUGUACAUGGCAACCAGAGAGAGACUCAAGGCCCUGCAGCGGACCCGGGAGGACGAGCAGGCUCUGAAAGAGGAGCUGGAACAGGCCAGGGAGGCAAUGGUAGGUCCUGGAGGGCUGCAAGGAGGCCUGUCCCCCAGAUGUCUGGCGCAGACCCGAGGAUGCCAAGGGGCAGACGAUUUGAGCACGGCUUCCAGGGAGCUGGAGGCGGUUUCUGGGAGGCUGGAGGAAGUGACUGCAGAGCUGCAGGAUUCUGUAGCCCAGGUGGAUCAGCUGACUGUGGCAAACUCCCGGCUGGGAGCAGAUCUCAGCACACUGUUGAGAGACCUGGCCAGCCUGCAGGGUGAGCGGGAUGAGCUGCGAGAGACGCGUGCAGACCUGUCGGAGGAGACGGCGCGGCUGACCAGGGAGCAGGAGCUUCUCCGGCAGCAGCACGACAGGGUGCAUCAGGAGCUGCGUGAGAUGACCGAGAGCCGCGAGUUCAUUGACCAGGAGAACCGUGUGUCCCGGGAGCAGCUGACCGAGACGGAAAAUGAGCUGAGAGCCACCCUUGCAGUCCUGCGGGAGCGCAGCAUGCAGUACGAGGACCUGAAGGAUGCCUACCAGCACCUCCAGAAGGAACGGGACACCCUCUGUGAGGAGCUCGACUGCAGCAAGGCAGAAGCCCUGGGCCUGCAGCUCAUCAGGGACAAACUCCUGAAGUCCUCCCUGGAGCUCGCUCAGACCAAGGAGAGGCUGCUGGACCUCACGGACGUUCUCCAAGCUGCCCUGCCAGGAGAGGCUGCUGAUGCUGCAUCGAGGAGCAGAGUGUGUACCCCUCGCAGCGGGCCCAGCUCCUUCGUGGGCAGCGUCUUGAAAGCUGUGGCAGGAAAAGGCAUCGAUGAAGAAGCUGCUGGAGGCUCGACCGCAUUCACCAAGGUUGAACCUGCUACUCCUCCGAUGCCAGCAGAGAUCGAGGAGAGUCUCCGGGAGACUGUCUUGGAGCUGAGAGCUGCUGUGUCUCAUCUCAUCACACUGAGCUUCCAGAGCCAGAAGGCGGCACAUCAUGAGGCUCAGGAGCUGCAGGCUAAAAUCUGUGACCAUCAGCACCAGCUGGAGAGCCUGGAAUCCAGGCUCCAGGCAGAGAUCGAUGCCCGGGAUGCAAACCUUGCCAAGCUAAACAAGAUCCUGGGAGUCAGGUUUCAGACCGAGAAGGAGCUGCAGGACAUCGUGCGCCAACAGGAGGAGAAGAUGCUGCAGCUCAUUGACCGGAGUGGGGAAGUCACGAGUCUGAAGGCAGAGGUCUCUCACUUGAAGCACCUGCUCCGGCGUGCAGAGACGGAGGCUGAGGUGCUGUGGGAGGAGGUGAGGGGACGGGAGCCCGACACAACACCACUGGAUGCUGACGCUGUCCAGGAGAAAGUCUGGCUACGGCAGGAGGUGAACAAGCUGAGGGAGCUACUCCUGGAGACGCAGCGUGACUACCAGGACCAAAGGAGAAUCCUGGAGGGGAAACUCCAUCAUGCCCAGAUGGUGCUAAGGAGCCGUGAGGAGAUGCAGGAGAAGAUCAAAGAGAUGCUCUCCUCCAUCCCGGAUGUGGUGACUGCCGGCUCCCGGGAGUUCCAGAACCUGCUGCGCUACCUCGGGCUGAAGCUGGCAGAUGGCGACAGAUGCUCUGGGGAUGCACUGUAGCCAUGAGCUGUGAUUCGCUCCGUGUUUGGAAGCCCCCUUGCUUAGCGCCCCCUGUAUUUUAACUGAGCCCAGUUGUUACUGUUCCUGUCUGGAACGCAAGUGGCCUGGGCUCCCGUGUGUGUGUGUGUGUGU